CAGAUUCAUUCUUAAGGAACUGAGAACUUAAUCUUCCAAAAUGUCAAAAAGACCAUCUUAUGCCCCACCUCCCACCCCAGCUCCUGCAACACAAAUGCCCAGCACACCAGGGUUUGUGGGAUACAAUCCAUACAGUCAUCUCGCCUACAACAACUACAGGCUGGGAGGGAACCCGGGCACCAACAGCCGGGUCACGGCAUCCUCUGGUAUUACGAUUCCAAAACCCCCAAAGCCACCAGAUAAGCCGCUGAUGCCCUACAUGCGGUACAGCAGAAAGGUCUGGGACCAAGUAAAGGCUUCCAACCCUGACCUAAAGUUGUGGGAGAUUGGCAAGAUUAUUGGUGGCAUGUGGCGAGAUCUCACUGAUGAAGAAAAACAAGAAUAUUUAAACGAAUACGAAGCAGAAAAGAUAGAGUACAAUGAAUCUAUGAAGGCCUAUCAUAAUUCCCCCGCGUACCUUGCUUACAUAAAUGCAAAAAGUCGUGCAGAAGCUGCUUUAGAGGAAGAAAGUCGACAGAGACAGUCUCGCAUGGAGAAAGGAGAACCUUACAUGAGCAUUCAGCCUGCUGAAGAUCCAGAUGAUUAUGAUGAUGGCUUUUCAAUGAAGCAUACAGCUACCGCCCGUUUCCAGAGAAACCACCGCCUCAUCAGUGAAAUCCUUAGCGAGAGUGUGGUGCCAGACGUUCGGUCUGUUGUCACAACAGCUAGAAUGCAGGUCCUCAAACGGCAGGUCCAGUCCUUGAUGGUUCAUCAGCGAAAACUAGAAGCUGAACUUCUUCAAAUAGAGGAGCGACACCAAGAAAAGAAGAGGAAAUUCCUGGAAAGCACAGAUUCAUUUAACAAUGAACUUAAAAGGUUGUGUGGUUUGAAAGUAGAAGUGGAUAUGGAAAAAAUUGCAGCUGAAAUUGCACAGGCCGAGGAACAGGCUCGCAAAAGGCAGGAGGAAAGGGAGAAAGAGGCAGCAGAGCAAGCUGAGCGCAGCCAGAGCAGUAUUGUUCCUGAGGAGGAGCCAGCAGCUAAUAAGACCGAAGAAAAGAAAGAAGACGAGAGCAUUCCGAUGGAGACAGAGGAGACACGCCUUGAAGAAACGACGGAAAGCCAGCAGAAUGGUGAAGAAGGCACGUCUACUCCUGAGGACAAGGAGAGCGGGCAGGAGGGGGUGGACAGUCUGGCAGAGGAAGGGACCAGUGAUAGUAACACUGGCUCAGAGAGCAACAGUGCAACCGUGGAGGAAGCACCAACAGACCCCGUACCAGAAGACGGAAAAAAAGAAUAAAUGUUGCCUUGUUUUAUGUGUUCUAAAUACUUUUUUAAAUG